AUGAAGUUCUCCGUCGCUCUCUUCGCCCUUGCCAGCUACCUUGCAUCUGCCGCACCGACUGGCCCAUCCCCUGAUGCUUCUGGUCUCAGCAAAGGAGGUUUGCCAGCGGACUCGAUCAAGGCUCGCAUGAGCGAUGAUGCUGUCAAGUCGGCCCGGCACUCUGCGCGCCUGAACCCGGACGUGAUUGAGGCCCCUUACUACCUUACUGGCGAGCUUCAGGAACGUUCGGAGGCUCUGAAUCCCGAUGUAAUUGCGGCGCCUUUAUACCUUGUUGGCGAGCUCCAGGAGUAG